ACUAUUGUGUCAGACUGCUCUUUUCUGGCGUCGCUGGCAAUCAGUGCUGCUUACGAGAGAAACUUUAAAAAGACUCUUAUUACUAGUAUCAUUUAUCCACAAAAUCGCGGUGGAAAACCAGUUAUUAAUCCAUCUGGAAAGUACAUGAUCAAACUGCGAAUCAAUGGGGUCUCAAGAAAGGUGAUUAUUGAUGACACCCUACCAGUGGGAAGAGAUGGAGAACUGCUCUGUUCCUACUCCAACAAUCGCAAUGAAAUGUGGGUCAGUCUAAUUGAAAAGGCUUAUCUUAAGGUGAUGGGAGGAUAUGAUUUUCCAGGUUCGAACUCCAGUAUUGAUCUGCACGCCCUCACAGGCUGGAUUCCAGAGAGGAUGUCGAUAAAACGAAACAAUCCAACAUUUAAUGAGAGUAUGCAUUUCGAUCGUCUCUUGAAUGGAGUAAGAAGAGGUGACUGUCUCGUCACGGUAGCAACAGGCCCAAUGAGCGAGAGCGAGGCUGACCGAGCAGGACUGGUGCCUACUCAUGCUUAUGCAUUGUUAGACAUCAGGAAAAUCAUGGGACAUCGUCUUCUUCAACUCAAAAAUCCUUGGAGCCAUUUGAGAUGGAAAGGCAAAUUCUCCGAAAUGGACUCAACUGGUUGGACGCCAGAGCUUCAAAGAGCCUUGAACUACGACAGGAAAAGUGCUGUACAGAUCGACAAUG